AUGCAGAGUUCAGGGGGCUUGAUGUGGAAUGGUAAAGAUAAAUCGUAUCAUCAUCAUUCUUGCCGUCAAACAGUGCCUCGAAAUAUCGUUUGGUGGCAAACAACUGGUUAUCAGCCGAAACAGCUCUAUGAAUAUUCUGAGUUAAGAGACUUCACUGCAGUGGCUACACCGGCGACGAUACAUGGGCGACGAGCGCACCAUAGACGGUCAUCGACAGCCAUGCAGCGACGUUUGGAGAAAAAGCAGGAACGCUUCUCAGCUCGUCAGGUCGUGCACGAAGAGCCCCGUUCGCAAGACAAAGCGGAGGAGCUCAUGGAAGCCAUCCUGAAUCUCAAGAACGAGGUCAACAGUGUGAUUGAUUUCGCAAACAAGAACUUGAAGGUGAUGCAGGAGAGCUCGUGCACGAUGCAGAACUCGCUCAACGAUUGCUUCAAGAUGCCCGGCGCUACCGAGGCGCCGAGCGCCGCCGACGCUGCCCCCGGCCAAGCCGAGGUGGCGAACGCACCCGGCCAAGCCGUGGUAGCGGGCACAACCGCUCUUCCAGACGCUUUCGGCCAGCCCGAAGGCGUCGCCGCUGUUGCCAGCCAGACUGACGGCUGCGGGAAGGGAAGUGCGCAGGCCCGAGAAGACACGCACAAUCAGCAACGACUGACUGCGCAGCGUCCAGGGGGCGCCAUCUACUUCGAGAUCGGUUCGGACGCCGAGAACGAGGAGCAGCGCGAGGUUGUCCUCGAUGCCGGGUGCGCUGCAGUGGUUGCGCCUGCCGCGGAUCCAAACCACAAGCCUCUCUUCGAGCGCCGCCCGCCCCCUGGGCCGGGAUGGGUCCGCGUUCGAGAUGCAUUUCACUUUCGAGAGCCUAUUCCCGGUGAUCGUGUUCUGGGUUUCUUUACAGGUCUGUUCGGCGGUGAACGAGUUGGAACGCUGGUUCAGAGGAAUACCUCGUGGAUGUUGGAAGACUGUGAGAAAGGUUGCAGGUGGGACGUACUUGUUGCCGACGGCAUUCAGGACUGGCUUGAGAAAGAGAUUGGCUGGCACGAGAAAGAAUUCGUGAUCCUCCCUUCAUCCUGA